AUGGAAAACAAAAGGAAACUUAAUAAUAAUAAUGAUAAUAAUAGUGAAUUCAAAAAAUUAAAAAAAGAUUUAAAUAACAAUUUAGAUGAUAAACAUGAUUUUUUAAAUAAAACAUAUAACGAUUUGAGAGCAGUUGAUUUAAAAGAAUAUGCAAGUAAACUAGGUAUUGCAUGUGGGAAUUUCAUAGAGUUGCAACAAAGAUUAUCAAAUGAAAAUCAAGAAAAAGAAUCGAUCAAUUCAUUCAAUAAAGAAAGAGCACAAUUAACAAUUAAAGAUAUCGAACCACAUGAACAUAUAUUUUGGGAAAUAUUUAGAAACAAAGCAAUUUACAAAGAAAUAUUUUCAAAUUUUAAACCUGAUCAAAUAACAAGUUAUGAAACUUUAUUUAAUGUAUUAGAUAUACUUGAAAGAUAUUCAAAUGGAGAAGAAAUUUUAAAAGAUAAAGUAAAGUCUUCUCAAUAUUUAAAUUUUGAAAUUAAUAAUGGAGGUUAUGAAUCUAUUUGUAGGAGAAUCAUCGAGGAAACACCAGAGAAUACAGCAUUCUAUGAACAGUUAUUUUCAAAAUAUUCAAAAUCAAUUAGUAGAGAUGGUUUUGCCAGAGAUGCAAUAAAAGAAUUAAAUAUUAUGGUAUUGAAGAUAUUGAAGCUAGAUAGUGAAAUGUUUAAAAGGUUACCAAACAGAUCCCCAUUUUUAAUAAAAAAUUAUAAAGGUAUCAAAAUGAUCAAUUAUCUCAAAUCUAUUGGCAUUAAAAAUUUUUGUAUAGAAUUUAAAUCGUUUAAUUGUUUUCAAAAUCUUAAAAAUUUAAAACAACUCAUCAAAACCAUCGAAUGUUUACCAUCAUUUCAUAGAAGAAUAACCCCAAUUCAUAUAGAGGAAAUAAGAAAAUUAGAAUCAACACCAUUUACACCAGAGCAAUUAAAAUCAAAUGUAAUCCAACUUUUAUUGAAAUACUCUGUAUUAAUCAAUAAUAAUAAUAAUAAUAAUAAUAAUAAUAAUAAUAAUAAUAAUAAUAAUAAUAAUAAUAAUAAUAAUAAUAAUAAUAAUAAUAAUAAUAAUAUUGUAGACAGCGAAGAAAACUAUAAAAUCAAACCAAUAAUAUUAAAAUAUAUUGAUAUUCUAUACCAAGUAAUAGGCUUAGAAAGAAAUCCAUUACCAUUAGAUUAUUAUUUUUUAUUUAAAAAAGAAGAUUCAAUACUUUAUAAAUUUAACAUAAUUAAAUUAUCAAUUGUUCCAGAAUUCAAAGACUUAUAUAAAUAUUGCAUCUAUAAAAAUUUCAGUUUUAAUAUCUUUUCACAUUCGAUCGAAAUUCUUCUAAACCUAAGACACAAUAAAGCACCAAUUGAUAAACUAUUAAAACACAUUGCAUUAAGUGGUAAUUUAGAAUUGAUAGAAUUUAUAAUUAAUAAAAAAGAACUGGGAUUUUUUGCAAAUGAGGUGAAACCAACAAAUCUAUCAUUGGGUAUUAUCGAAGGCAUUCAAUCAACUGAAGUACUAGACUACUUUUUUAAAAACCACCCAAACUGUAUUUUAUUUAAAGAUGACAAUUCUCUAUGCUUCAGAUUAUUAAAUAUUACAAUUCUUUGUCACUAUGAAAAGUUAAUGGCCAAACUCCGUAGGACUUUUUUAAUUGACAAUAAUUAUAUUUAUAAUCAAACUCAAGAUCAAUCUGGUGUAUCAAUUUUAGAUGUACUUUAUAAUGCAAUUAAUAAUCAAUUGGUUUACAAUUUUGAUAAUUGUCAGUACUUGGAUUUUAGGGGUAAUAUAUUUAUUUCACAACUUCAAUCAGAAAUAGCAAUAAAAUUAGCAAAGUCAAAUAAAUUUAGACAUAUAAGGUUCAACGACAUAGAAUGUGCAUUUAAAAAUAAUUAUUUUUUCUCUUGGUUAUUUGGACAUGCCACAGAGCCUUUGCCAAAAAUAGAAAGGUAUAGAUCAACAGUUUGUUUUUAUAUCAAUCCUAAUAAACAAAAACAACAACAACAACAAAACAUUCAAGUUUCAAUAUCUACAAAGCUUUACUAUAUUUUACUAUGUAAAUUAGGUAGAACCGAUAUAUUAUCAGACUUAGAAUCAUUCAGAGAUGUUCUAGAUUUCAAAUUUGGAUUAUCAGCGGUUUUAUUAGAUAACUCAUUAAAAUAUAUUCGAAAUGAUAUAUCAGUUUUAUUCCUUUUCCUAGAGAGAAUAAUUCGUAAUGGGGAUUUACCAUCUCUCAAAUACAUUUCAUUAAAACAUAACCAUUUGUUUGCCAAAAAAUCAAAAUCAAAUCCCAAUCCUAUUGUCAGUACUUUUUUUUUAAAAAAACUCACAUUUCAAUCAAUCAAAACAGAUAAUGCCGAUGUUACAGAGCUACUAUUAAACUUUGUAAAAAUUACGAAAGGUGAAUGCAGUUUUGCAUUACCUUUUGCAUAUCAGUUAAGAGUUGCUGAAUCAAAAAAUAUUGAUUUUAUUGGACCAUUAUUUUCAGAUUUAAAGAUAGUAAAAUCACAAAAUGAAAAUAAAAUAUUGAAUGCAUUAGAAAUUACAGAUAGUUCAAAUGGUUUUAAACAAUGA